GCCAAAGGUACGAUACUAGUAACAAACUCUUUCCUUUUCCUCCCCUUUGACGGUCCAACCCUGCGUUGGGCGAGGCAUGAUUCGCGUGUUUAGCUGCGGCACGGUGCCCCUGAUGGAUAUCAUUGAGCUCCAGGGGAAGCUUCACUUGCAACCACGCGAGGGAAGCGCGGCGGAGAUCACGAAGAAGGCGAGGAAAGCUGAGAAGGAAGAGGAAGGCCUCAAGGAGAAGGAGGAGAAGGAAGUCGAUGACGGGGUGGUUUUGCUCGGCGAGGUUCAGCCGGAUCGGCUGCGCGCGGCGGGGUGUGCGUUGCGGAUGGGAACGUUACGCGUCGACGGCACCCGUGUGAAGGCGGGGAAGGCGGUCCUCGUUUUAAAACGCUGCGAUACGGCAAGCGGCGAGGGGUUCCCCGCGCGGAUUCGUCGACGACUCCGCCACGAAGCGAAGCAACGCGCGGCGGAGGAGAAGAAAGGAUCUCGUGAAGAAGAUCCGGCGGGUGCGAACAAUGAUACCGUCCUCUUUUCUGAAUGGAUCGACGCCCAUCCGGAGUAUCUCUCGCUUGAUUACCUCUUCUUUGCGGAAGGGCAAGCGUGCGGAGGGGGUGCUCGUGGUAAGGCUGAGAAGCGAUCUCGCGAGGAUGAUUCAACGGAUGAAAGGGCUUCGAAUGCAGACGACGUCGACGGCGAGGAUGCAGGUUUUUUUAAGGAUUACGAGGUGGUGGGCUUGGUGGAAGACCACGUCAUCUUUAAUGGGAAGCCGGCACGUAUUUUUGCGUAA